GGGGGCGGGACAAGCCGGGCGUUAGCGGUCAACAACGUCAGGGCAUGGUGGGCUGGGCUGCAUGAGCCUGAGGGGUUUGCAGCCGGGAGAGAACACUGAGGGUAUCAGAUUGCCUACUGCCUGGCCAACAGCAACUCCAGCACGUUCACCACAGUGGAGAUGGGAGCUAUGGUGAGGCAAUUCAUGGCCACCGAGCUGGACCCAGAGUCAGCGUACAUCUUCAGGCUGAUGAUCAAGAUGAGGCAGGGCUGGGGGAGCCCCUAGAGGCCACCAUCAUCACCACUGAGAAGCGAGGCAGAGUCCCAGGCUGGCAGGAGAAGUGGGCGUGGUCACUGGGACAGCCCUCCAAAAUGGGUGGUGCUUCGAGGCUCAGGGGACGUGGCCUGCUGGGCAGCAUCCAGAGCGUCUGGCCUCUGUCUCUUCAGUGCAGAUGGAAGUGCAGCACGUCCAGGAUUGUGACCGCUGUCGUCUCGCUGGUGCACGUGCAUCACAGUGAACCUAAAUUGAUGAUAAAUCCAGAAGGAACAAUUGUUUACAUUCACUCAGUGAAGAGUAUCAUGUCUAAGCUCAACAUCUAUCGGAGCCACACAUGGACAUCUCUCCCUCCUCGACUCAGAGCAGAAAAGGAACACAUCCCAGGCAGAGUCCCAGGCUGGCAGGAGAAGUGGGCGUGGUCACUGGGACAGCCCUCCGAAAUGGGUGGUGCUUCGAGGCUCAGGGGACGUGGCCUGCUGGGCAGCAUCCAAAGCGUCUGGCCUCUGUCUCUUCAGUGCAGGUGGAAGUGCAGCACGUCCAGGAGUGUGACCGCUGUCAUCUCCCUGGUGCACGUGCAUCGCAGUGAACCUAAAUUGAUGAUAAAUCCAGAAGGAACAAUUGUUUACAUUCACUCAGUGAAGAGUAUCAUGUCUAAGCUCAACAUCUAUCGGAGCCACACAUGGACAUCUCUCCCUCCUCGACUCAGAGCAGAAAAGGAACACAUCCCAGGCAGAGUCCCAGGCUGGCAGGAGAAGUGGGCGUGGUCACUGGGACAGCCCUCCGAAAUGGGUGGUGCUUCGAGGCUCAGGGGACGUGGCCUGCUGGGCAGCAUCCAAAGCGUCUGGCCUCUGUCUCUUCAGUGCAGGUGGAAGUGCAGCACGUCCAGGAGUGUGACCGCUGUCAUCUCCCUGGUGCACGUGCAUCGCAGUGGUGUUGAAGAGUUUUCCCAUGAAUGGACGUUCAUGACGUGACAGUGAUGGGAAACAUCCCUGAGAACGUGGACACCAUUAAUCGCCAUUUUGAGGGGACCAGACACGUUCGAGAGCACAGCAUUCAUCCACCUGACACACACACACCAACCCUGCGAAUCACAGCACAUGAAUUCCCAUGGAAACAGACCUCGUGCCCAGCACCCGAUCCUACAGCACCUAAGAGCAGCACGGUAGCUUCCAGGGCCACAGUCACGAGGCCUCGGGUCUCGGUCCGGAACAUGACCCUUAGUCUCGUUGCAACAGGAUCUGGAUUCUGGGUAGCUCUCAUGAUGGAGCCUGCAAAGAGGCCCCACCUUGCCCAUUGUCCAGGUUGCUCGAAAGCAAUGAGUGACUCUAGAGGACAGCAUACUUACCAUGCUCCCUUUCCAGCAGGGCCACCUGUGAUUUCAGAAAAGAAGACAUGAUGAACAUCAAGUCCUGCCUCGUCCUGUGUGCACAGCUCUUUUGGUCUCUUGGUGAUGGGCAGGGUCAUGGGCAGUGAUAUGGAAUCCACCUAGAGGUUGCAUGCCCUGGGUCCAUUAGGUGGCACGGCGGUGUCAGUAGCACCCGUGAAAAAGCUAAGGACCCUGUGGACGGUAACCAAACCUGCUGUUUCCUGCAGGGUCUUUGAAAUGGGGUGUCCCUGGCUAAGAGUCGCUCCCUCAAGAAUCUCCCCACCAAGGACAUUGUACGUGGUGAGGUGUUCGGAUCUGAUUGCAAGUAUCAGAGAAACAAGGGAUGCUGUACCUCACCUGAAGGAAGGCUAACUUACCACCUUGG